CACAAACAACGUCGUGCGGGCCUUGCCAAUGCUUUCGCUGCGGAAUGACUGUGUUCUCAUUAUGCUGUACUUUCAACCGUGUUUAUGCAUGAAUAAUCGCCCGUACAAUUUGUAGAGAUAAAAAGCAAUAACGUAAAGUAACAGGUCAUUUGGAAGGUGUACAAAGAGGGUCUGAAGCAGCCCGGGGACUCCAGAGGCCGCCAUGAAGCUGACGGACAAUGUGCUGCGGAGCUUCAGAGUAGCGAAGGUUUUCCGGGAGAACUCCGACAAAAUAAACUGCUUCGAUUUCAGUUCUAAUGGCGAAUCAAUCAUAUCGAGCAGCGACGACGACUCUUUAGUCUUGUACGACUGCCAGGAGGGGAAACCCAAGAGGACCCUCUACAGUAAAAAGUAUGGAGUGGAUUUGAUCAGGUACACACAUGCGGCCAACACAGUGGUCUACAGUUCCAACAAAAUCGAUGAUACAAUCAGAUACCUGUCCCUUCAUGACAAUAAAUACAUCCGCUACUUCCCUGGGCACAGUAAAAGAGUAACUUCCCUCUCCAUGUCUCCUGUGGAUGACACAUUUAUUUCCGGUUCCUUGGAUAAAACCAUACGACUGUGGGAUCUGCGCUCUCCUAACUGUCAGGGCCUCAUGCACCUCCAGGGGAAGCCAGUGUGCUCUUUUGAUCCAGAAGGUCUCAUUUUCUCCGCUGGCAUUAAUUCAGAAAUGGUUAAACUUUAUGAUCUGCGCUCAUUUGAUAAGGGUCCCUUUGCCACAUUCAAGCUUCAGUACGACAGGACAUGUGAAUGGACGGGACUCAAGUUCAGUAACGACGGAAAGCUCAUCCUUCUUUCUACAAACGGCGGUGCUCUUCGGAUUUUGGAUGCCUUUAAGGGAGCGGUGCUACAUUCCUUUGGGGGAUACAACAACAACAAAGGCGUAACCCUGGAGGCGUCAUUCACACCUGAUUCUCAGUUUGUUGUUAUUGGAUCUGAGGACGGAAAGAUCCACGUGUGGAACGCCGAGAGUGGCAUGAAGGUCGCCGUCUUAGACGGAAAGCACACUGGGCCCAUCACCUGUCUUCAGUUCAACCCCAAAUUCAUGACGUUUGCAAGCGCCUGCUCCAACAUGGCGUUCUGGCUUCCUACCAUAGAUGACUAAAGUCCCCCAACAAGGAGUAGUACUGCAGUGAACGUCACAUUCAUGUUAGUGAGGUUGAAAUUCAAAAAUGUAAAUAUGUUAUGUGCAGAAUUAGAAUGGUGUCUUAUUUGUUUUUUUAUAUACUUAUAUUUGUAUUCAAAAUUAAAAACCUUCCCUGGAAACUAUAUACGCUUCUCUCGUUUAGAGCAGUGGUCCCCAACAUUUUUUGCACCACGGACGGGUUUAAUUUAGGCAUUAUUUUCAGGGACCGGCUUCCCACUUGUGAAAAAUACAACUCACUAUAACCCUGGAUGAGUGGGAGCCCCUGGCUUGUUUCUUUGCAGUGAGAUGCAGAUGGAAAUCAGCCUUUGGCUGCAAUUUGUCACAUAUACUGUAUAUUUGAUAUGUUCAUUAAUGUGCAUUGUAUCAUGUCACAAAGUUCUAACAAAUGGCAACUUCCAAUGAGAAGUGUUAUUGUACAUCAAUGAACAAGCUCAUUGGUGUGUCUAGUGCACAGGUGUCAAACUCAAGGCCCACGGGCCAGAUCUGGCCCUCCACCUCAUUUUAAUUUGACCUGCAAAAGCCCGAAAAUGUGUGUCAAUAAAAUACAGUAUUUUCUUUCUUUA